GGCAAGUUUACAACCCCAAAGACAGAAGCAAAAUACAGCAUGUCAAGCACCAUUCUAGAAGUAGUCAAAGCAUGCGACAAUUUCAUCCAACCCGGCCAACCCACCACACACCCACGAGCCACAGAGAACAGCUACGCCUUCCGCGUAAACGGCUGCAGUGCUACACUGGGCCACAUCCUCCGAGAAACCGUGGAGAAGAUCCAAUGGUCAGGGUGGUGGACGAUCGACCACACGGAACGUAUCGUGACCCUAGCGACGGCGGCGACCGCGACCGCUGCGGUGCGCUCGCGCAUAGUCGCGGAAACACUGGCCGCCACGCGCGAGCGCUCCGUGAUCUCGAUGCUGGAUCAGUGGCGCGAAGAGCCCUUUCCGGUGUAUGGGCCGGACGGGAAUGUCGUGCUGGAGGUCGAGCGGUGCGCCAGCGCCUUGUUCGGGAUCGUGACGUACGGGGUGCAGCUGGUCUGUUAUGUGAGGGACGAAGGGACGAGUUGUCUGCGCGUGUGGGUGGCUACGAGGUCGCCACAGAAGCAGACGUACCCUGGUAUGCUGGACUGCACGGCUGCGGGCGGGCUUGUGGCGGGCAUGACGCCGAUUGAAGCGCUCGUCUGUGAGGCACGGGAGGAGGCUUCCCUCUCGGAGGAUAUGGUUAGAGGAGGGGUUAAGUCUAUGGGUCAUCUUAGCUACUUCCAUGUCCGCGGGAGGAGCGCUGGGGGAGAGGUCGGUCUCCUGCAGCCUGAGGUCGAGUAUACGUAUCAACUCGAACUAGACGCAGGCGUCGUCCCGACGCCACGAGACUCCGAAGUGCAGGGGUUCAGUCUCUGGACGGUCGAGGAGGUGCUUGUUGCUCUGAGGGCGGGGCGGUUCAAGCCCAAUAGUGCGGUGGUGAUAGUCCAGUUUCUCAUGCACCAUGAUGUUAUCACCCCGGAGAAUGAGCCGGCCUACGCGGAGAUAUGCUCUCACUUGCAUCGCAAGCUUGAUUUGCCUGUGUUGAUCCAGCCGUACCAAUGA